GGGAGCAAGAUGGCGAUUCCGGGCAGGCAGUAUGGGCUUAUUUUGCCAAAGAAGGCACAGCAGUUGCACCCUGUUUUGCAAAAACCUUCAGUGUUUGGGAAUGAUUCUGAUGAUGAUGAUGAUGAGACCUCCGUGAGUGAAAGCCUUCAGAGGGAAGCUGCCAAGAAGCAAGCAAUGAAACAGACCAAACUUGAAAUUCAGAAGGCUCUUGCAGAAGAUUCUACUGUUUAUGAAUAUGACAGUAUUUAUGAUGAAAUGCAGAAAAAGAAGGAAGAAAGUAACCCCAAGUUGCUUUUGGGAAAAGACCGAAAGCCCAAGUACAUCCACAACUUACUGAAAGCAGUUGAAAUUAGAAAAAAGGAACAAGAAAAAAGAAUGGAAAAGAAAAUACAGAGAGAACGAGAAAUGGAAAAGGGAGAAUUUGAUGAUAAAGAGGCAUUCGUAACAUCUGCUUAUAAGAAAAAACUGCAAGAGAGAGCUGAAGAGGAAGAAAGGGAAAGAAGAGCUGCUGCACUCGAAGCACGUUUGGAUGUAACCAAGCAGAGAGAUCUCAGUGGAUUUUAUAGGCACCUAUUAAAUCAAGCAGUUGGUGAAGAGGAAGUACCUACAUGCAGCUUUCGUGAAGCCAGGUCUGGGAUAAAGGAAGAGAAAUCAAAAGGAUAUUCUGAUGAAGUAAGUUCAGAGAGCAGAAUACCUCAUGAGAACUGCAUUCGCCAAACCGGUGUGAAAGUAGAGGAAAACCCAGAUGCAGACAGUGACUUUGAUGCUAAGAGCAGUGAGAAUGAUGAAACAGAGGAAAAGAAAGGGAACUGUAGAAGGGAAAAGGGCACGGAGACCCUAAAAAAUGACUCCAAGCAUCACAGGAAUCCUACCCACUCACCGUCAUCUAGUGAGGAAAGAGAACAUGGCACCCAAUGCCACACAAAAAAUUCCAAGGCAGGAGGCCGUGAGAAAAGGGAAGAGCAACACCAAGAGAGACCAGCCAGGGAGCAGGACAGCUAUCACACUGACCGUGAUUCUCGAAAAGAAAAAAGGGAUUCCCAUAGGCACAGAGAGUCCAGUCACAGAGAUUCACACUGGAAGAGGCAUGAACAAGAAGAGAGACUGAGGGGAAGAGACGAGAGAGAAAGAAAUGACAGAGAAUGGAAACGGGAGAAAUAUCCCUCCAGAGAACAGGAAAGACACAGACAACGAAAUAAUUAUGACCGACACAAUGAGAAAGGAUGCGAGAAGGAAGAGAAAAGCAAAGAAAAGGAAGAGCAUGUGAAAGCAAGAAAAGAAAGAUAUGAAAACAGUGAUAAAUAUAGAGAUAGAGAAAAACGAGAAGUCAGUGUUGAAUCUUCGGAAAGAAAUCGAGACAGAAAGGAAAGCAGCCCAAAUUCUAGGGCAAAGGAUAGGUUUGUUAACCAGGAAAGAGCCAGUAAAAUGAGAGACAUGGAAAAGGACAAAGAUAGAAACCCAGAAAAACCCUCUAGUUCUGAAGCGUCAUUGGGAGCAAAACACAGAAUCACAGAGGAAUGCCAAGAGACAGGCAAAGAACAGAAGAGGCCGCGUGAGACAGUGAACAAGUUUGCAAAGCGGAGCAAUGAAGAGACUGUAAUGUCAGCAAGAGACAGAUACUUGGCCCGGCAAAUGGCAAGGAUUAAUGCAAAGACAUAUAUUGAGAAAGAAGAUGAUUGAUGACUGCCCCAGUAGAAAGACCUAUGGAAGCACAGAAAAUUACAACUCCUGAAACAUGCUGUAUAAAGGAGUGUGUUAAGAGUGGUUGGGAGGGUAUUUUAAAAUAUAUUUUCAAAAUUCAUUUUGGGUUUUGGUUAAGUCAGAAGUCCUUUUAUCUUGAAUGUUUAACCAAGUUAAUAUGUAAUAUUUACUUAUCAGUACGACAUUCUUGGUUAUAUUUGAGUAAC